AUGAUACCUGGAGACCAAGCAUUGCCCAUUGAACGCCUUGCGCUAUUGGAUUUGGAACAUACGGAUAUUGUAUGCACGGUUAAUGGAAAUAACUUGAAGUCCACGAGGAUUUUUAGCUUGCCAAACAUCCCGAGGAAGAGCGCCCGUUUGGCUGCCUUGGACGGACGCCGCCAUGAACCAAGGUCGCGUGACAAAGAAGACGCAUACGACAACAUCAAAGUCUUAGACCCCAUCACGGGCCUCUAUGGCGCGGUCACACCUCCGAAUUUGCAGAAGAGGCCAACUGUGAAAACUUUGCCAGAAUCCAACAAGAUCAUUUGUGAUCUUGAGACUUACCUCAAUAUUGCUUGCAUCAACAAAGAAGAUACCAUCACCUGUGCACGCAUGAAAAUCAAAGGGAUAUCAUCAUGGUUUCAACCCGAUCAAACAGAGGCCAAGCUGGCCAACAACCCCAACAAAACCAAGGUGGGAGGGCCAGUUCUACUCGUGGUAGAGGAGGAGGACGACUCAAUACCAGAGGUUGUGGUUGAUCUCAAUCAGAUUCAACUCAUGAUGAGCAAAAUCGACACCAAAGCUCACCUCAGCCAAGUUUGA